CUGGUAAAAGCAAGUCGUAUAAAAUAUUAUCGUACAAUUCUGUGAAACGCGUUACUCACAACGAACGGCUAAACCGUUUCACGUGACACGUGGGGGCGAUAGUUACACACGUGCUAUGACUGGCUUGUUGUCUGUUUCGCUAGAAGAUUGCGUGUACGAAGGAAAUUAAGUUAUAACAAAGUUAUAGGAUAGCACAUUAAGUCGCCUGGAAGGUGUCUCGCCAGUUAGCCUUGACUUGUGUCAACUUUUCAACACAGUUUAGUUUGGAAUAAUUAAUUCAGCUCAGGAUGAAGAUCGACGGCAAUAUAAGCUGCAGUCAAAUGCAGCAAAAUUGGACACGAUAUAUGGUGAUGACGGACACCAAAUCGCUGCGGAAACCGGCUGAAUUCCAAGAAGAAAAUGAAGUUCAUGCCACAAUUCCAACGAAUAAAAACUUGGCCAAGCAUUUUGAGUCCAAAAACCCAGUUGAAAGAGGUAUUCAGAGCACUCCAUGGAUAUUGAAUACCCCUGUAUGGACAUUCCAUAAUAGCUUAGUACAGACUGGCGUUACGCAUUACGAAGGUGGAUGGCCAAAGGAUAUUGAUACGCACGACGAAGAGAUUACGGCACGGUAUCGGAGGAAACAGGAAAAAAGUGAAGCGUAUCUAUGCCAAAUGAAAGGACUGUCCAAGACGAUGGAACAUGCUAUUCUCCAAAAUAGUGCGUGUGAUAUCUAUCAAAAUUAUUUCGAGGACGUUGAGCAACAUGAACUAAUCGAACAAUUUAGUUCCAAAACGGUUCACGUUUAUAAAGAUUAUUUAGACGUAAGACGAUCUUGCACCUACAUCAGUUGGUCAGAAGAAGGUAUACAUUUUGUCUCUACGCACUGCAACAUAGGAGAGAUUAAUAAUACCGUCACGGAUUCCUAUAUCUGGGAUAUUGAAAAUCCGAAUGUACCAUUGCAAACCCUUCUGCCACCGUAUCAAGCUCGAUGCAUGGAGUAUAACUUCAAGGACGGCCGUCAGCUGGCCGGCGGACUACUUUCAGGCCAGAUCGCCAUAUGGGACAUUCGGGUUGCGAACGAGCCCGUUGAGGUGACACUUCGCGAGGCCAGUCAUAAAGACGUCGUGACCAAGGUUUUAUGGACCGGUACGAAAACAUCGAAUGAGUUUCUAUCGGGCUCUACCGACGGAAGAAUCCUUUGGUGGGACAUGCGUAACCUGAAUGAACCAUAUGAUUACCUAAAUCUCGCGCCAAAAGAUGCUCAGAACGUGGACGCAAAGCGUUGUUUCGGUGUGUGUGCCGUGGAAUUUGAGCAAACAAUGCCAAACAAAUAUACAGUCGGCACUGAGAAUGGCAUAAUCUACAGCUGCAGUAGAAAAUACAAAACACCCGCUGACAAGAUCCAGGCACUUACUUAUGCUCACACUGGUCCAGUGUACUCUGUAGAGCGUAAUCCACUGUUUAUCAAAAACUACAUUAGCGUUGGAGAUUGGCAAACGAAGAUCUGGACGGAAGACUGCCGCGACAGUCCCAUCGUGUGGACGAAGGAGUAUGCCGUUCAGCUGACCUGUGGAGUUUGGAGUCCUACUCGAUGUUCUUUGGUUUUUAUAUGUCGCAUGGAUGGAGUGAUGGACGCUUGGGAUGUCAUACAUCGCUUAGAUGGACCUGUGCUUCGAAUCAAGCUUUCAGAUGUGCCUUUACUCUCAUUGAGGGUUCAUAAAAGUGGAAAGUUGAUAGCCAACGGUACGGAAAGCGGUGCUAUCUAUUUAACGGAAAUAUCUGACAACUUGACAUUUAGCUCGGCGAACGACAAACCAGCACUAUCAGGCAUGCUAGAGCGUGAGAUGCGACGGCAACGCCUUCUAGAGGCAAAGAUCAAAGAAAUGAAACUGAAGGAAAAGGAACUGGAACGAGAGAGGAUACGGCGACAGAUGCGAAUGGAGAAAGAGAACUCUAUCGAAGAUGAAGAAAGGGACUUGGUAUUUGAGGCACAGCAUCAGUUCUGGACCAAAAUACAUGGCCGCAAGAGCUUGAAAACAACAUUGAAAGGCCUGCGAAUGCGUGAUGCAGGCGUUAAUCUGCUGAAACCAAGCAAACGACUUAUGCCGAAAAAGGAGAAUAACUAAUCUUACGAUUAAGUUUUUUACGGGAUUUGUCUGAUUUUUCCAAAAGUAUUACAGAAAAACAUAGAGUUCUAGGUUUUUGAAAAACAUACAAACUUGUAUUCAUAUUCGAUGGUGACAGAAUAACACACAAACUAAAAAUUUAAUGUAAUUGAAAUUUUGGAAGUGGAAAUUUAUUUAUUUAUUUUUUUUUAUUAUAAAUGCACUUUAACUAUAAGUAAGAAUAAACAAUCUUUAGGAUUUGGGUAUACGGUAGAUUUAUAAGUCAUCUUUAGCCAAACGUCACACGAGGGUUUUCGGUUAGUCACUACUUUAGUCAUGCUAAGAUUGGUCAUUCUGGUUUGAUUGAUUUGUAGUAUUAGACUAAAAGCACUGAUCAGGUCUAGAAAACUUCACGGCACUCGUAGUAAAUACAAAUGUACAGCAUUCACCGAUGGGUGUCAUCAUAGUUUAAAUUUCAAGAUAAUACGAUGAACAAACGAUUUUAUUAGUUUAUAUAAAACAA